GAAUGUCUGGUCGUUCAAACCAACGGAUCUCAUCCGUCCACCAAGGAGGGUUCUUCGCAGCAUAGUAGAGCUUAUCGAUCUCCCGACAAUUUUCGCCCGCCCAAGCCACAUAAAGCCACAAAUUUAUGUGGCUUCAAGCCAGCCCUACGAAG